AUGACUCUCCCAGAUCAGAGUAAUUUAGUAAGAUGGGUUAAAAGUACCAAAAAAACUUGCUAUAUCUGUGGAAAGGCAGUUGGAACUGCUAAGCAUCUGCUGGUAGGAUGUAAGGUACUCCUGGACAGCGGUCAAUACUCGCGUCGUCACAAUAGGGUUCUAGAAGUCAUACGUGAGGUGGUUAGUCUUUCGGUAGCCAGAGCGAAAAAGGAAAUAACCACAAACGAACGAUCAGUAGGUUUUGUGAGAGAAGGCACUAGGGCUACAAAAUCAAACGUCAAGCCUUACUCCAUCCUUAAAGCGGCGUCGGAUUGGGCUAUAAUGAUGGACACAUUUGUACGCGGUAGAGGUGGGACCGAGAGGUAUAAAGCGAAAUCUCUCUACAACGUACUAAAGGACUUGGGCUUGUCCAGAACUCACAUUAAUGCACUCUUGGAACGUACGUCGAAGGCAGCCCAAGUAGGUUCUUUUCAAAUUUGGUUAGGUAGGGAGAGGAGCUUGGACAGUGGAGGUGAGCGUAUAACGCGCGUUAGUUAA